AUGCAGCAAAGCUCGCGGCGAGGUAUACGAUGCAGACCUCUCGGGUCCUCAGGCCUUGCAUCGGAUCAACCGGCUCUGGCGGAAGACAAUGGAAGCGGAUGUUGCGCUGGAGGAGCAGCGCCUUCGCCUGGAGUCCCGACGAGCACAGGCCGAGAAGGAGAAGGAGCAGCAAAUGGCAUUGCGCAGCAACAGAUUGAGUCUGAGAGCCUGAAUCCCCAGCUGAUUCGGUGCGGGACGUCUCUGCCGGAAAUGACGGUGACAUCGUGGGCAAUCAGGCCCUCCAGCUUGAAGUUCCUUUUUUGGAACUUUCUGUUCAUAUGCGUCUUUUUCUACGACUGCGUGAGUUUUCCACUCUCGGCCUUCAACAUCGAGCACCUCUUCGUCCUUCCCAAUGUGGUUGCGGCUUCAUUCUGGACGUCGGACUUUAUCCUGUCAUUCUUUGUUGGGUACGAUACUGCAGAUGGGCAAGUGGAAACACGCUGGGUCAAGACGGCGAGCCGCUAUGCCAGGACCUGGAUGCUCCCAGAUCUGGUUGUCAUCGUGGUGGACUGGAUAAUGUCAGGGGCCACAGACACCGGCGAUUUGGUGAUAUUUCACACAUCCGGAAUUGCAUGGGACGUCUCUUCAGCGUUGGUGCUCCCUGUGACUGUUGCAAACUACCACGAGCACGAAGCAAGCUUCAUCAGCUCCAAAGAGCUAUCCGAAGAGAUCGAGAAGCUGUGGGCCGAUCGCCUUAGUUCUGUGGCACAGCAAGUGCAGCAGCACCUCUCAGAUCUGCACAAGCAGCUGUGCGCUGACCACCGCCUGGCGGUGCAUGGACUGCAGAUUCAGGCUGACAAGGCCAUGGGCCAUGAGUUGUCCAAGGAUGGCAGCAGCUCGCCAUUGAACCGGAGGUCUCCAGGGCGUACGGCUACGGUGACACUGGGCAUGGGACGAGCCGGGCUGCCGAAAAGAAGUGGGACUGCAGAAAUUUCGCAUCAUGGCUCCGAGGAUGCGGAGGCGGAUUUGUCAACGUUCAGCCUCAGAUCCCACAUGAAGUCUGGCAACACUCUCAUCGACCUCUGGCCUGUGUGGAAGGAUGAUUCAGAGGGUGCCGACUUGAUUCGGGAUAUGGCCAAAGAGAAGUCCAUGCUCGUCAAGGCGCAGCAACAAAUUGGGUCUGAGAGCCUGAAUCCCCAGCUGAUUCGGUUUGGGACGUCUCUGCCGGAAAUGACGGUGACAUCGUGGGCAAUCAGGCCCUCCAGCUUGAAGUUCCUUUUUUGGAACUUUCUGUUCAUAUGCGUCUUAUUCUACGACUGCGUGAGUUUUCCACUCUCGGCCUUCAACAUCGAGCACCUCUUCGUCCUUCCCAAUGUGGUUGCGGCUUCAUUCUGGACGGCGGACUUUAUCCUGUCAUUCUUUGUUGGGUACGAUACUGCAGAUGGGCAAGUGGAAACACGCUUGGUCAAGACGGCGAGCCGCUAUGCCAGGACCUGGAUGCUCCCAGAUCUGGUUGUCAUCGUGGUGGACUGGAUAAUGCUGGCUUCAGCACUUGGCUCCCAGCUUGAAGAGACGGGCACAAACCCGGCAGGCUUUGCGCGAAUCGGAAAAUCCGUUCGCUACAUGAGGAUCAUGAGGGCUAUGCGGCUGCUUCGUCUCCGAAGGUUUCAGGAGGCCCUGCAUCAAUUUGACGAGUUCAUAAACAUUCAGUACUUCUCCAUCAUCCAAAAGCUCAUCAUGAAUAUGGUGUGGAUCCUGCUGUUAUCCCACUUCAUCGGUUGCGGCUGGUAUGCCAUUGGUAUGGAGAUGCUCGACGAGAAUGUGAUCGAGGCAUCCUGGGUAUCGGCCAAUGGCCUGGUGGGAGAGCAGCUGAUGUACAAGUAUUUGACGUCCUUGCACUGGUCGAUCACACAGUUCACACCCGGGUCGAUGAAUGUCCAACCCGUGAACAGCUUUGAGCGCCUGUACAGCGUGAUCGUGCUGGUUCUCGGAAUGGUGGUCUUUUCUUCCACGGUGAGCUCGAUUACCGCCGCGACCAACAACCUCAAAGACAUCAACGCGGUCUACAAGCACCAGAUUUGGACUUUACGACGGUACUUCCGCGAGCAGAAGAUCUCUGCUCAACUCACAAGCAGGGUCUUGAGAUACACGGAGUCCAUUGUCAAGCCCAGAUACCAGAAGGUGGAUGUUGGGCAGGUCAAAAUCAUGGCGAUGUUACCGCAGAUCUUGACCAAGGAGGUUAACCUGGAGAUUUACGAAAAGCAUUUGGUUGUUCAUCCACUGUUCCAAUCCCUCGGUGAAGUCAACGUGAGCUUCAUGCAGAAGCUUUGCUCAAACGCUCUCAAGGAGUUUGCCCUCGACAAGGGUGAGAUGGUCUUCGGGCCUGGGCAGGUCUGCUCUGCCAUGUACUUCGUGACACUGGGAGUUCUGGAGUACUUCUUUUCGCAGGCAACAUUCCCCAACAUUGUUGACAAGAAGAUGUCGUUUUGCGAGGCAGUUCUUUGGACCCCUUGGGUUCAUCAAGGGAGGAUGUACACACGCACGGAGUCCACGGUCAUCGCCGUGGACGCGAAGCAGUUCCACGACGUUGCGCAGUCUUUCAGCGCGGACAUGGAGCUCUUGAAGGCUUACGGCCGGGAGUUCGUGUUCUCCAUGAACGAGGUGGCUGGCAACUUCACGCCCGAGGAGGAGGAUGACGAGGAGCUCUCAGACCUCUUCCAUUCUGAAAAGGCCAUCCAAGUUCUUCCAGGCAAGAGAGCUUUCGAGGAGAGCAGUUACGCCAACUCAGCCAACUCUUAUCUCCAAGGCCUCCAAGGGUUCAAUGUCGUUCGCAAUCUGAUAUCGCCCACAAGCAGCCCAACCUUGAGAUCGAAGUUUGCGCCGGAGGACGACGACUCCCAGAUUCCUGACGCUUUCGAGGACAGCAACGAGGCAGAGGUGGAAAGCCGCAAGUCCGAGAUUGUCGGCGAAAGAUGCUAG